AUCACACAGUGAUCACAGUUCACACCUGCAGUGAAGCCCCUCCCACAACAAUUCACCAAUAAAUACUGGGAAUAUCCCCAUCAUCCUACAAGAGAAGGACAAACUCCAGGAGUAGCAGCUGAAAUCUGUGUGACUGUUAAAGAUGGAGUUUAUUAAAGAGGAGAUUGAAGACAUGACUGAUCCAGAACCAUCCAGAAUAAAACAUGAAGAUACCGAGGAACAAAUAGACCAGAUGGAAGUGACGGAGCAAAGACAGAAACUAAAUGACGUGAAGGAACUCUGCGACUUCAAAACUCAAGGAACAAAAGCCAAAAAGCUGCACUCCUGCUCUCAGUGUGGAAAGAGUUUUUCUCAAGCAUCAACUCUCAGUGUUCAUCGGCUCCGUCACUCUGGAGAAAAACCAUUUAACUGUGAUCAGUGUGGUAAAGAUUUUAUUUCGUCAUCAAAUCUAAAACAACACCUGAUAGUUCAUUCAGAUGAGAAGCCUUAUGUGUGUUCUCUCUGUGGAAAGAGUUUUUCACGGCUGAACAAUUUUAAACAGCACCAGAAAACACAUGAUGGAGUGAGAGAUCAUGUGUGUUUGGACUGUGGAAAAAGCUUUACUCUAGCUGGCAAUCUGAAACAGCACCAAAGAAUUCAUACUGGAGAAAGACCUUACAAGUGCUCAUACUGUGACAAGAGUUUCACUCAGUCUGGAUCUCUGAAAUCACAUGAGCGAGUUCAUACUGGAGAGAAGCCGUACGACUGUACUCAGUGUGGGAAAAGUUACAAAGAUGCAUCAGUUCUCAGUGUUCAUCUGCUCCGUCACUCUGGAGAAAAACCAUUCAACUGCGAUCAGUGUGGGAAAGAUUUUAAUUUGUUAUCAAAUCUAAAAUCACACCUGAAAGUUCAUUCAGAUGAGAAGCCUUAUGUGUGUUCUCUCUGUGGAAAGAGUUUUUCAUGGCUGGCCAGUUUUAAACUGCACCAGAAAACACAUGAUGAAGUGAGAGAUCAUGUGUGUUGUGACUGUGGGAAGAGCUUUACUAGAGCGGACUGUCUGAAACUGCACCAAAGAAUUCAUACUGGAGAAAAACCUUACAAGUGCUCAUAUUGUGACAUGAGUUUCACUCAUUCUGGAAACCUGAAAUCACAUGAGCGACUUCAUACUGGAGAGAAGCCGUACUACUGUACUCAGUGUGAGAAGAGUUUUAAAAGUUUAGCAAGCCUUCACACACAUAUGAAAAAAUGUUUGAAUAUGGCAAAGAUGGAGUUUAUUAAAGAGGAGAUUGAAGACAUGAGUGAUCCAGAACCAUCCAGAAUAAAACAUGAAGAUAUCGAGGAACAAAAAGACUGGAUGGAGAAAAGAGACAAACUGAAUGAAGUGGAGGAGAAAUGUGAUGUGAAAACUCAAGGAACAAAAGCCAAAAAGCGGCACUCCUGCUCACAGUGUGGAAAGAGUUUCAGACAGAAAGGAAACCUCAACACACACAUGAGAGUUCACACUGGAGAGAAACCGUAUACAUGCACUCAGUGUGGAAAGAGCUUUUCUCAAGUGUCAAGUCUCAAUAAUCAUCGGCUCCGUCACUCUGGAGAAAAACCAUUUAACUGUGAUCAGUGUGGUAAAAAGUUUAAUUCGCCUUCAGAUCUAAAGAAACACCUGAAAGUUCAUUCAGAUGAGAAGCCUUAUGUGUGUUCUCUCUGUGGAAAGAGUUUUUCACGACUGGAAGGUUUUAAACAGCACCAGAAAAUGCACAAUGAAGUGAGAGAUCAUGUGUGUUGUGACUGUGGGAAGAGCUUUACUACAGCCACUCAACUGAAACGACACCAACGAAUUCAUACUGGAGAAAAACCUUACAAGUGCUCAGUUUGUGACAAGAGAUUUAAUGUGUCUGGAAACCUGAAAGUGCAUGAGCAACUUCAUACCGGAGAGCAGCUUUACCACUGUACUCAAUGUGGAGUGAGUUUCAAAUCUCCCAGAGGUCUCUGUAAUCAUCUGCGCAUUCACUCUGGAGAAAAGCCAUUUAAGUGUGAUCAGUGUGGUAAAGAUUUUAGAUCAUCGUCAAAUCUGAAAAAAGUUCAUUCAGAUGUGAGGCCUCACUUUUGUACUUUCUGUGGAAAGAGUUUUUCAUGGCUGGACAGUUUUAAACUUCACCAGAAAACAGAUAGCGGAGUGAGAGAUCAUGUGUGUUGUGACUGUGGGAAGAGCUUUACUAAAGCUGGGCAACUGAAUCGGCACCUACGAAUUCAUAAUGGAGAAAAACCUUUCAAGUGCUCAUAUUGUGACAAGAGUUUCACUCAGUCUGGAAACCUGAAAUCACACGAGCGAGUUCACACUGGAGAGAAGCCGUACCAGUGCAUUCAGUGUGAGAAGAGCUUCACCCAAUCAACGACUUUAAGGAUUCAUAUUAAAAAUCAUUGUCAUGUGUCACACUGAGCGAAUGUUAAUCUCAGAUCUAAUGUGUUCAAGAAAAUCAUUUGAGAAUCAGUACAUUAAUUUAUUAUUUUCAGUCAAAUGUGUAGUUAAACUAGCGUUGCUGUGAAAUACCAGAAGAUUUGUGGAGGCGUUUCUUUCUUGGAGAGCAGCAAG